AUGGCUUUUGGGUUUGUUGAAGCUUGUGAAGUUAUAUACGCUUUCAUUUGUGUGCUUGGAUUUGUGUUCAACUUUAUGGUUAUCUAUGUAAUCUUUUGCUGCAUUUCAUCCAAAAGUCGUUCCCGGUUAACAUCACGGACUAUCCUAAGUCUUGCCCUUUGUGACCUUUUAGCCACCUUAAAUUUACCAUUUUUUAUAGCUUCAAUGUCCAAUGGAUGGUCAUUUUCAUCAUCUUUAUGUAAACUGUUCACCUUUACACUGAUUUUGGAACAAUUUGCCAAGACUUUUCUCCUUUCUUUGCUUGGCUUGACUUCAGUGGCUCAAUACCGUGGAUCCGUUUAUAACCUGACAACAGCCAAAAUAACCAUCCUUUUGGGUUCCAUUUGGACGAGCUCUUUUGUUUUGGCUUUAACAUUCGCUUCUUUAACCUCUCCUAAUCUUAACUGCGACCUCUUCCUAUCCUAUGAUUUUGCUUUCAAGGAAACCUUCACCUUUACUUAUACAAUUUGUGUCCUCUUUUUACCCAUAAUGAUACUUUCCUUGCUCCUCCAUCAAUCUCGAAGUGAACCUUUCGAACCAACUGAAUCAGUAAUUGAGCUCUUUGAACUCACCAUUGGCCUUCUUUCAGUUCACAUUACACUAUCGUUGGGUCAUGUUAUCGGUACAUGGAUAACGACCUUUUCCAAGGUUCCACCAGGUAUUCCUGAGCCGGCUUGGAAGGUUCAAUGGAUUAUGGUUUCUGGUAUUAUUUGGUGUUCAUUACGCUUUGUAUUUCCAAUUAUUUAUACAUAUUUUUGGACUGAAUUUAGGAAAGGAUUAAUUGCCAUCUUCACAGAUUCACUAGAGUAUCGUCCAAUGGCUCGUUAUGAAAACUCAAAGGGACCUUUAUGA